AUGAGCGGGCGAUACCGAAGUUCUUUGCGUAAUGCAUUGCAUGGGGAUAGAUCUGCAGUAAAUGCUGGUGCACGUUCUGUAGCUCGUAGUUCGCUUCAUUCGUCAUAUAUCCGCCAUUAUCCAUUGCGAUCCCAUUAUCUGUCUUUGCGUCACACCAGUGGAUGCCUUAAGGACACUCACGCUAGGGCAAUAACACCAACAGCAGUCGAAAAAAUCUCUGGCAACGAAGACGGUAUUGGGAAAGGUCAACUGCAUCAUAUUUCCUAUGCUGCUACGGGAAUUAAUGCCAGGUCACGGUCGCCUGAUCCAACACGGUGCAUGCAGACGUCUAAGAAGAGCGCCGCACAUGUUGGCACGGAGCGAGCUGGUCUGACCGGCUUGAAAAACAUUGGAAACACAUGUUUUAUGAACUCUAUCUUGCAAUGCCUUAGCAAUACAAAAGAACUGCGUGAUUACUGCACGUCUGGAGCAUUUUUGUCAGAAUUGAGCGCGUCCACGAGCCGCAAAGACACUCCUUUAAUUGCAGCUUUUGCGUCGGUUUUAGAAGCUUUGUGGAAACAACACUCGGUUUAUACGACUGGAGGAGUGUACGACCCCGAUCGGUUCCAUAGAAAAGUACAACAGUAUGCGCCACGGUUUUCUGGAUAUCUACAGCAAGACGCACAGGAAUUCUUGCGUUACCUUCUUGAAGGACUGCACGAAGAUGUCAACCGAGUUACAACAAAAGCGAAACUGGAAACGCAGGAAAUCCCAGAACAUUUUAGUGAUUCCCAAAAAUCAGCUGAAGCUUGGAAGCGUUAUUUGAAGCGGGAUAACAGUAAACUAGUUGAUCUUUUCGUUGGACAGCUGAAAAGCUCUUUAGUCUGUGAUAGAUGUGGUCACUGCUCCGUAACCUUUGACCCAUUCUGGGAUCUCGCUCUUCCAAUACCCAGUUACAGGAAUUCGCCCUUGAGCGACUACACUGUUUAUGACUGUUUUAAGUUAUUUACAAAAAAGGAAGCUCUUGAUGGAGAUGAACGGCCGGUGUGCGAGCAUUGUAAAUCAAGGCAGCGAUGUGUUAAAUUCUUUUCCAUACAGCGUUUCCCAAAGUAUUUAGUAAUUCACCUUAAACGGUUCUCGCAAGAUCGGUACAGAGCAAAGAUCUCCAGUUUGGUGGAUUACCCGGUGGACGGUUUGGAUCUGUUGCCCUUUGCUGCCGAAAUGUACUCCGGGCCUCGACCUCGAUACGAUUUAUAUGCCGUGUCGUGCCAUACUGGCAGCACCCAUUAUGGACAUUAUACGGCAUUUUGCAAGCACUUUCUUACCGGAAAAUGGAGUGAAUACAAUGAUUCGCGUGUCAGCAGUGCAUCCGUUAGGGAUUCGGUGACAUCCGAUGCCUAUGUACUUUUCUAUGAGCAUACCGGCUAAAACAGCGAGCUACAGUAUAAUAUGAGGUACUUGCAAAAUUUAAGCUGAUUAUUGUUCUCAGAUGAUACCUGUUAAUAUAAUGGUGUAAUUUUUACUUGACUAUCCUGUUCCCGAGUAUUAUUUCUGGCUAACUGCACUUGUUAUCUCCAAUAAAAUAAACUGUUCGGUGGACAA